CAUUCAAAAGCAUGCAUGCCUAGGUCAACCAUUCCCUGGGUUCAGAUUUCAGGUUUCCGGACCAUAUUGCGGGCGAGGAAGGGCCAGCAGCGCGCCUCGAGGGCGAGGGGCGGGAGCCCCGAGGAAGGCCGCCGGUUGCCUUUCGUGGUCGCGGAGGGGCCGGCAGGGGAGGCGGCGCCGAUCCCGCGGAAAGGACUUGGCCCGCCGCCUCGCCUCCCCUCCGGCCAAAGCAGCGCCGCGCCGGGACUCCCUCGCAGCAGCAGCAGCGUGCCCAGGGCCAAGCAGCCGCCUGCCGGCCCUCAGCCUCCUUCUCCCCGGAAGCGAGGCCUCGACGCAAUUCCGCGGCCGCUCUGCCCUUUCCCGCUCUUCGCUCGCUGCGCAGGCGCCCCGGAAGCCCCGCCCCUCUCGUCACUGGGCGUCGCCCCGCCCCUGCCCGCCCUCGCUCGCUCGCGCGUGCGCGCGCCGUCUCCGCCUCAGCCCGGAGCCUCUGCCGCCGUCAUGGCUGACAACGCCGCUGCCGCCGCCGCCGCCGCCGCCGCCGGCCUGGAGAACCACCGCUUCAAGAGCUUCAAGAACAAGGGCCGAGACGUGGAGACUAUGCGAAGACAUAGAAAUGAGGUGACAAUUGAACUUAGAAAGAAUAAAAGAGAUGAACAUCUUCUGAAAAAAAGAAAUGUGCCCCAAGAAGAAAGUUUAGAAGAUUCAGAUGCUGAUGCUGAUUUCAAAGCACAAAAUGUAACACUAGAAGCUAUAUUACAGAAUGCUACAAGUGACAACCCUAUUAUCCAACUAAGUGCUGUCCAAGCUGCAAGAAAGCUAUUAUCAAGCGACAGAAAUCCUCCUAUUGAUGACCUAAUAAAAUCUGGAAUUUUACCAAUAUUGGUUAAAUGUUUAGAAAGGGAUGAUAAUCCUUCCUUACAGUUUGAGGCUGCAUGGGCCCUGACUAACAUAGCUUCAGGCACUUCUGCACAGACUCAAGCUGUUGUACAGUCUAAUGCAGUACCUCUCUUCUUAAGACUGCUGCAUUCACCACAUCAAAAUGUUUGUGAACAAGCUGUUUGGGCCCUUGGAAAUAUUAUUGGUGAUGGUCCUCAGUGUAGAGAUUAUGUCAUAUCACUGGGAGUUGUCAAACCGCUUCUAUCCUUCAUCAACCCCUCCAUUCCCAUCACUUUCCUCCGGAACGUCACAUGGGUCAUUGUAAAUCUCUGCAGGAAUAAGGAUCCCCCACCACCUAUGGAGACAGUGCAGGAGAUCUUGCCAGCCUUGUGUGUUCUCAUAUACCAUACAGACAUAAAUAUCCUUGUGGACACUGUUUGGGCUUUGUCCUACCUGACAGAUGGUGGUAACGAGCAAAUUCAGAUGGUGAUAGAUUCUGGUGUGGUACCUUUCCUAGUUCCCCUUCUGAGCCACCAGGAGGUAAAAGUUCAGACGGCAGCACUAAGAGCAGUUGGCAACAUAGUAACUGGUACUGAUGAACAGACACAAGUUGUUCUCAACUGUGAUGUCCUCUCCCAUUUCCCAAAUCUUCUGACACAUCCAAAAGAGAAAAUAAACAAGGAAGCAGUUUGGUUCCUUUCCAAUAUCACUGCAGGAAAUCAGCAACAAGUUCAAGCUGUAAUAGAUGCUGGACUUAUCCCUAUGAUCAUUCACCAGCUGGCUAAGGGAGACUUUGGCACACAAAAGGAAGCUGCUUGGGCAAUCAGCAACUUAACAAUAAGUGGUAGGAAAGAUCAGGUUGAAUACCUUGUGCAACAGAAUGUGAUCCCACCAUUCUGUAAUUUGUUGUCAGUCAAAGAUUCUCAAGUGGUUCAGGUGGUUCUGGAUGGGCUGAAAAACAUUUUAAUAAUGGCUGGUGAUGAAGCAAGCACAAUAGCAGAAAUUAUAGAAGAAUGUGGAGGCUUGGAGAAAAUUGAAGCACUGCAACAACAUGAGAAUGAAGACAUUUAUAAGCUAGCAUUUGAAAUAAUAGAUCAGUAUUUCUCUGGUGAUGAAAUUGAUGAAGAUCCCAGCCUCAUUCCUGAGGCAACACAAGGAGGUACUUACAAUUUUGAUCCAACGGCCAAUCUUCAAACAAAAGAAUUUAAUUUUUAAGUUCUAUACAAUGCAGCUUUUCUAUUCCACACCUGUAAAAUGUACCACCCGAUGGUUGCCGUUGAAAAAAGGACUCCAAGCAUAUGCCUCUUUGUCUGGUGCUUCUAAAGCAAGUUGUAUCUCCGUCACUUCGCCGUUGCCAAAAGUAACUCUCACACGGACCAUAAAUGCAUAUGCAUGAUCUCAUAAACUGUUCAGAGUUGUUUUUUAACAACCCCUGCUACCUUCCCUCUCUUGUUUUUGCCUUUUUUUUUUUUUGCCCCUGGUGCCACAAGCUGACAACUGCAGUCUGCAGUUUUAAGAAUAUCCCUUUGUGGUGGCGGCUCAUUGGCUUUCCACAGAAGAGUAGCUUUCUUUCUAAAAUAGUGCACUGUGGAUCAAGACUCUUUAGUAUGAUGCUUACAUUUUGGAAGACUUCCAAGAGGCCCUGUUUAUUUUUUAAGCCUCUACUGUUGUCCUCUACAAACAUAUUUUCAUAUAUUUAAUGUGGAAGAAUAAACAAAGAAAAUGCAAGUCAAAUUAUUUUCAUUGGUGAAACUGAAAUUUUAAAAGAACUUGGUAAUUGAUUAGUGUAAAAACAGACUACAUAUAUCAGUAAUUGUGUUCAUUACUGCCUUAGAAGCUUGGGUUUGAAGAAUGAAGUUUGCAUUUGGACUAGUAAAACAUGACCAGUAUACCUAAUUUUUGAGAACAGCAAGCUGUACUUGACCACUCUUCAGCCUGUGUGUUCCUGCUGUUUUGGAAAUAAUGAAAAUGCUGUGCAUGGUAUUUUACCUGAGCUACAAUCUGUUACGGACUUGAACUUCGUUUUAAGUUGAAAGCAAGAAUUCCAUAUUAAAGAAACAAAGCUACCCCAAAUGAGCAUUGGUUAGCAAGAAUCUUGCUUUCAUCUUUUAGUAGUCAAUGCAUUAUUUUUGUUUUAAAUUUAUAACUGAAUAAUGUUGAUUUAUAUUGGUUUAAACUGUGGAGCUUUCAUGUUUACUGUAAUUUAGUCUUAAACUAUUUUUUUACUUACCAGUGCUUAUGAUGAUGUGGUUGGCAACAAACUAGCAACUAUUUUAGGAGCAUCAUAAAAGCUUCAUUCUUGGAGUAUUGGAAGAAUAAUAGAAAAAUUAGUCUCUAAACCUAUUCAUAUAGUUAAGAUAUGUAUUAGUUGUGUGAGGCUUUGUGGAAGCUGCUACUAUUCAGAAGAAGCGUAACAUGCAGCUCACCAUGAAUAAAUUUGCAUAAGCUGGUAACAUGGGAGAUCAUUAAUAUUGGGGUAAUGUCCAGCCUGGCUUUUCAAAGGAUCUGGGAUUGCUGUGGGUAAAGAUGAAAUUUAAACUUUGUAACCUGUCACACAAACUGGUAUUGUUGCUGUUGUUCACUGGAUGUACUUUCCCCAAUGCCUUGAUGUGAAGGGAUACUGAAAACGUAAAACUAAUGUAGUUAUUGGAUGUGGGUUGUAUUUACUGUGACGAAGAUAAGGACGGAUGCCAUCACAAGCUUUGUUGAUCAGCUGCUUUUCCACUGAUGAGCAAAACAUUGCAGGUGUUCAUUCAUUAAAUCUAUCUGCCAAGGUGGAGCCACUUUAAAGAGUGAGUUGUAUUGUAUCUUAAAAUGAUACAAGUAUGUGUUUUAAACUGCAAGAUUUUUACUUGCUAGAUACUGUGUUUUAAUACAGUGGUUUGGCCUCUAUUUAUAGGUUUUAUAAAUUUUAAAAUCAAUUUCUCUUUAAGGUGGCUCAGACUUUUCAACUCUUGUGCACAUAAAAUUGAGUUGAAGUUCAUUGUGCCUUUUUUCUUUACCCAGACAUUAAGUUCAUUUGGUAACUGUGUCCUAUAUUAACACAUUUUACUGGAAUUGUGUUGUGCUUGCUAAAAACUAGACAUUUCAAAAUCAGAAUUAGAUUUGGUCAUAGGUUUUGGAAUUUCAAAGCAGGUAUGCAGUUGAUGAUGUGAAAAAAUGCCCCUCAUUUUAUAGUAUGCCUGUGUCCGCUGUCUUAGAUGCUACACACAAAAUGAGAUAAAUGAUUUUUCACUACUGUGAAGACUGAGAUGAACAUAGGAAAACUUGUUUAAAGCAGUAACUUAGAUUUUUCUCAUUAUUCUGUCACCUUAUCAGCCCUUGUUUGGGAUCCAACCAUUUUAUAGUUAAAGGAAACAAAGGCUUGAAUCCAAAGAUCCUGCUGUGCAAGAGGGGGAGAUUUUUGCAGUUGUGCUGAGAGUUUCCUCCCAUCUACUGAUACAAGUGAUAUCAGAGUGUCAAGAGGCCUCCAGAACAGGAGGCACUGAAGGCUGCAGAUGGAGGAAAUGGCAUCCCUUCUCUCUUACCCCACUUGCAAAGUUUCUUCCAGUCAUGCCAUGUGUUAGGAUCUUUGUAUGCAAGCCAAAAGUAUAUUGCUGCACUUUUAAGUUUUCAGAAGUGGUUUAAAAUUGCAUUGUGUUAUUUUUUUAACUCUCAGUUAAUAGAUUAAAUUGUUACUUCAAAAGAGGCAUCUAAAUGUGUUCCUAAUUUUGUAUAUGGGCUUAGGUUUUAUAACCAAUAAAAAGCUGCUAUCAAAUACUACAAACCUGUAAGACCUUAUUUUGAAAACAGUGAUGUGCUUUAAGUGGAUUUGUAGGCUUACUUUUCUCUGACCAUUUUCAAAUGACAAUAUGUCCUCUAGUAACCUGAACUGACUUCUUAAAGCAUUACCAAAAAUAAAACAGUAUUUACAAUGGUCAA